GGGUCAGCCAAUGGGCGGGUCGCGCGAUUUGACGUGAGAAGGUGGAGUGUACGCAACAUGGCCGCUGCGUGAGAGGAUCGGCGAGAGGGGAGAGACUGGAAGGUGAAUGUCGCCAGGACCCUAGUUAUGUGAAAAUGACUCAGGGCAAGAAAAAGAAAAGGGUGAACCGCAGUGUUCUUCUUGCGAAAAAAAUUAUCAUCAAAGAUGGCGGCUCUCCUCAGGGCUUUGGCUCUCCCAGUGUGUAUCAUGCUGUCAUCGUGAUCUUCCUUGAAUUUUUUGCCUGGGGUUUGCUCACUGCUCCCACUUUGGUGGUUCUACAUGAGACCUUCCCAAAGCACACGUUUCUUAUGAACGGACUCAUCCAAGGAGUGAAGGGUUUGCUGUCCUUCCUCAGUGCACCUUUGAUAGGGGCUCUCUCUGAUGUUUGGGGAAGAAAGUCUUUCUUGCUGCUAACUGUGUUUUUCACAUGUGCUCCUAUACCACUGAUGAAGAUCAGUCCUUGGUGGUACUUUGCGGUUAUUUCUGUAUCUGGUGUAUUUGCUGUUACCUUUUCUGUAGUAUUUGCUUAUGUAGCAGAUAUUACCCAGGAGCAUGAAAGAAGCAUGGCAUAUGGACUGGUUUCCGCCACGUUUGCAGCUAGUUUGGUCACUAGUCCCGCCAUCGGGGCUUACCUGAGCCAUGCGUAUGGAGACUCACUUGUGGUGCUGCUGGCAACGGCCAUUGCACUUCUUGACAUCUGUUUCAUCUUGGUGGCUGUUCCAGAGUCUCUUCCAGAGAAAAUGAGGCCAGCAUCUUGGGGAGCUCCAAUUUCCUGGGAGCAAGCAGAUCCAUUUGCUUCUCUGAAGAAAGUUGGCCAAGACUCGAUUGUUUUGCUCAUCUGUAUCACCGUGUUCCUCUCCUACCUCCCGGAGGCUGGACAGUAUUCCAGCUUCUUCUUGUACCUUAGACAGAUCAUGAAAUUUUCACCAGAAAGUGUGGCCGCCUUCAUUGCAGUUUUGGGAAUUUUGUCCAUUGUGGCUCAGACUAUUGUCUUAAGUUUACUCAUGAGGUCGAUUGGGAACAAGAACACGAUUCUGCUGGGUCUCGGUUUUCAGAUACUGCAGUUGGCCUGGUACGGCUUUGGAUCAGAACCUUGGAUGAUGUGGGCUGCAGGAGCUGUGGCCGCUAUGUCCAGCAUUACUUUUCCUGCAGUAAGUGCUUUGGUGUCUCGGACUGCCGAUGCGGACCAGCAAGGUGUUGUGCAGGGAAUGAUCACAGGAAUCCGGGGAUUGUGCAAUGGACUUGGGCCUGCUCUGUAUGGUUUCAUAUUUUACAUUUUUCAUGUGGAACUAGAUGAAAACCCUAUAGGAGAAUCAGAGCCGAGGGAUAAGGUGACAUCACAUUUGCAACAGAACUCUAUCAUCCCUGGACCUCCAUUCCUGUUUGGAGCCUGCUCUGUGCUUCUUGCUCUACUUGUAGCUUUGUUUAUUCCAGAACAUACCAAUAUGAACGUUCGCAGCGGCAACUGGAAAAAACAUGGAGCAGGGCACAGCCAUCCCCAUAGCCCCCCAGCACCCGGGGAGGGCAAAGAACCUCUUUUGCAGGACACAAAUGUAUGACAAAUGCCUAAAAGACUGGCUUCUGCUGCUCAUGUAGAUGCAUUCCACUUGGUUAUGAGCUGAGGCACCUGCAGGACCAAUUUAUUUGUAUUAAAGGAAAGGUCAACCAAGAGUCCUCUUCACUGACAGGACCAACCUCUGGCCCAAUAUGACCAUCUUGCGUCCUCUAUUCAAGCAGGGCCAAACCUCCAGCCUUUUCUACUUACAAACAUAUUGCAGGAGAGUGUGGAUGUAAAGCUAUUCCAUAUUCUAAGUGCCAGAUUGUUGUAGUUCAAAAAAAAAAAAAUCUCUAC